AUGUCAACUUUAGCGCUAAACAUUACCUAUAAGGGUAUUACGAAAAAAGUGGUGAGCUCUAAAAGCUCAACUGUCAAUCAAGUUGUUCUGGCAUCGCUUAUCAAAUUCAAGGUUAAUGACGCCGAGUAUGAGGGUGAAUUGAUCCAUGGUGGAAAGAAGUUAGAUGGUUCGCUUGCUUUGAGACUUACUCCAUUGAGUAAUAAUGCAAAGGUUACCUUGAACUUAAAACAAAUUCCCACAGAUAGCAUUGUCAGCAUAAAGAUGUUGGCUACUUUGCCCUCUUCCAACGAAUCAAUAACGCUUGUCGUGAAACUAAAUCCCAAUAUCGCCCUCAACGAGUUAAUUGAUUUGUUUGAAACCAAUCAUGGCACAAAGCUAAGGGGGUUUGAUCAAUAUAAUGCUCAAUUGACUGUUUUAGGGACUAGGAUUGAGGAAGCAGAUUUCAAAAAUGUGAAACUCCGGUCAAUUAUUGGCAAUGUUUCCAAUACAGUCGUUCGAUUGAGUUACUUCAAUGCUGACAGUUCAGAAAAAGAAAAGGAGCAAAAGAAUAUAGUGGAUACUCAAUUGAAAGAGCAGCAAAUUAGGUUGCAAAAUCAAAGAAAAGAAAAAGAGAAUAGCAUGGAACAACCCCUUGUGGGCGUGGAUGAUAAGAAAGUCUUAACACUGACACAAGAUAUAGAACCCGCUGAUCAAACAAUUGAUAUACCAAAGGAAGAAUUGAAUAAAGAAGAUACUACACUGACGACCACUCAAGAGUUAAGUGAUGAUUUAGAGUCAAGUGACAAUGGAAGCAGGGAUAACUCUUUUCAAAUUAACAACGCACCCGAGUCGCUUUCUCCUCAAUUAUUUAUGCCAUCUGAGACUGAAUCACAGAGGUAUGAAAAUCCAGAAGUUGAUUAUGACAUGACAAUAAACCAGGCUCAGUUAUAUCAGAAAUUGAUCAGAAAAUCUGCAAGUGCCUCUAGAAGUCAAGCUCAAAGAGCUGUUCCUAAAAAAUUUUUGAUAAGAGUAAGAUUUCCUGACAGAUCAAUUUUACAAUUAAAUUUUCCAGAUUCAGGAACUACAAAGUUAGGUCAUUUAAUCAAAAAAAUUGAUGAGUCCAUAUUACCUUCAUUCAUAAACUCUUAUAAUUUAAAGUUCAGCUAUCCCCCUUUCAAGAAAUUGACCUUUUCCUACACAGAGAACCAAAGAAAACUAAUACGCAUGCCAGAGUUUCAAAAUGAACGGCUAAUGCUAAUAUGGGAAACAGAAAUGCCAAGCAAGGGACCAUACCUUGUUGAAGAUCUUGUUAACACAGCUAAGCACUCUUCAGAUCUACCUGAAGUAGUCUUGGAAUCCCAUAGAGGUGAUUUACCAGAGGAUAAACAUUCCAGCUCUGUUCAUAAUACUCAAAGUCUGGUUAGUCAUAAUUCAAGCAAAUCCCAAAAAACAAAAGGAGUUCCAAAGUGGUUCAAACUAAAGUAA